CCGGCCUGUCCUCACCUCCGCCUGCGCUCCCGGCAGCGCCAGCCAGGCUUUCAGCAGCUGGGGUAGGACUCAUCCCAGCCUUGGAGCCCCAGGGGGAAAGGGGGGAGGGAAAACACAUGGGGGCCAGGCAGUCCAGGGCCGGUUGCAAGGACAAGGGCCCCGGGAGGAUGGGCUGCCUGCGGAGGAGGCAGAAGUUGUCCGCCUGGGAUGAUGCCCUGCUCUCGGGAAGGGACCCCCGGGCCCUGCUGAAGCGGGGCCUGCGCCACAUCAGCUUCAGCCUGGUCACCAAGGGGAUGACGGACGUCCCCGACUUCCUGUGGGGCUUGUCCGAGGUCCAGAGGCUCAAUCUGUCUCACAACCAGCUGCGGGUUCUGCCCCCCGAGGUGGGCCGGCUGAGCAGGCUGGUGGUGCUGAACCUGUGCGGGAACCACCUGAAGAGCCUGCCCGCGGAGCUCAGCCUCCUGCAGGGCCUGAAGGUGCUGUUCCUGAGCAUGAACCGCCUGAGCGAGCUGCCGGCCGAGCUGGGCGCCUGCAGGAGCCUGGAGGUCCUGAGCGUGUCCCACAACCGCCUCUCCCAGCUGCCCGCCGGCUUUGCCGACCUCUCCCGGCUGCGGAAGCUGAACCUCAGCAACAACUGCUUUGCCCACAUCCCCGCCUGCGUGUUCGCACUGAAGGAGCUGGAUUUCCUGCACGUGGGCUCCAAUCGCCUGGAGAACAUCGCCGAGAGCAUCCAGUGCCUGGGCAGCCUGCAGAUCUUCAUCGCGGAGAACAACAGCAUCCACUCCUUCCCGCGCUCGCUCUGCCUCCUCGCCAGCCUGGAGAUGCUGAACUUGAACGACAACGACAUCCAGACCCUCCCGGAGGAACUCUACCUGCUGUGCAGGCUGGAGAGGAUCGCUUGGAACCCCAUGGACAAAGGGCUCCACAUUUCCCAUAACCCCUUAGCCAAGCCUCUGCCCGAGCUGGUGGAGGGGGGCCUGGACAUGCUGGUCAGCUACCUGAAGGACAAAAAGCACAGCUGAGUGGCCGCGGAGGCGGGAACAGCAGCCAGCUCGGCCGGACUCUGCCCACGGGGUACUUCUCUAGUCGGAGCUUUCUCCUCUUACUGUUGGGUUGGUCAAGGCGUGUGUUAAUUAAUAUUUGCUCAAUUGUAGUUGAGUGGCAUUCUAGGCAGGGGUUUGCUUUGAACUCUGUAUGUUCCUAAUAACCCCAAAAUAUGGCCAUCUCAUCCUAAAUAUAAAUGGAAACAGCAGGGUGGUCUUCUCCAAAGAGAAAUAAUUGCUCUAAUUUUCCUGAGGAGCAGUGGGAUUCGGCCCUUGGAAUAAUGGUCAGCAGGUCUGAUUCGAUGGAAUCCAAAAGUUAAAUAUUUACUAAGUAUGUGCCAAGGAUGGUGUGAGGCAUUGGCAACAUCUGGUGUCAACCCUUGCGUUGGCAACCGGAGGCCAGGUAGCAGCAGCAAGACACGCUCCUGCACCAGCCUGGACCAAGCCUUACUUGGGACCAAAGGGCCAGCUGGAGCCCUGCCCUUCUGGUGAUGACCAAGGUAGGCAGAGCUUUCCCCUCGAGUUCAGGGGGAACAAUCAGAGGAAACUUGUCUCUAAAAUGACUGUAGAGUAACAAUCAAGCCGCUCAGGUUUACGUGUGGUGCUGAGUGACUGGCUCG